GCCUGCUCUCGUGUUUUCCCACGCUGCCGCGGACAUGAAUGAAGAAGAAGGAGAAGAAGGAAAGAGGUAGUGAGUGACGGAGCCGGUUGAGGACCAUUGUCCACUUGCACGCGUGAGCAGAUGUCACGACACUAACUAAGCUCUCUAUUAUUAUCAUUUUCAAAUCAAAACAAUCCUCUUUUGUGGAAGCGGAAUCAGUGCUUGCUAGCUUCGGCUCUCAGCCAAUCAGCGUCCGCCUCAGCCCUUACGUAAGCAACAAACCACGCCCCUUGUUCCGGACUGGAAGCUGGAACAUUUUGUUUUUUUUUGCAGGCACAAAAUAAUUCUCUGCUCCUUUUUCUUGCUCCACGCUGACUUAGUUUGAGCAAAGUCCUCCAACAAGAGCAUUGAGUCGGGAUUGAAGUAAUGCGAUGUAAACAAUGCAAAGCAGAUCCGUGUAAGAAUGGAUGUUUGCGAGCGGAAAAGGGGGAUGAAGGUCUGCCGGAGGAAUGUGGCCAAAGUCCUCCGCUCCCUCAAGGUGGAAGACAAUAACAAGCACCCGGAGCCCAUGGACCAGGACCGGGACCGGGACCAGGACCAGGACCAGGACCAGGACUACUGCUUCUCCGUCAGCUUCCUGCGGACAGGUAGGCCCGAGUCGUCCUUGCCCCCCCGCUACACCUUGAUCCGGGAGGUGGGCCGGGGCAGCUACGGGGUGGUGUACGAGGCCCUCGCCCGGACCAGCGGAGCCCGCUUGGCGGUGAAAAGGCUCCAGUGCGACGCCCCGGAAAACGUGGAACUGGCUUUGGCCGAGUUCUGGGCCCUGACCAGCCUGGAGAACCGACACCAGAACGUGGUCCAGCUGGAGGAGUGCGUCCUGCAGAGGAACGGACUGGCCCAGAAGAUGAGCCAUGGCAACAAGACCUCCAAACAAUACCUGAGACUGGUGGAGACCUCCCUCAAAGGGGAGCGCAUUCUGGGUUACCCAGAGGAGCCUUGUUACCUCUGGUUCGUCAUGGAGUUCUGCGAAGGGGGCGACCUCAACCAGUACAUCUUGUCCCGUCGGCCCGACCCCCAGACCAACAGGAGUUUUAUGCGCCAGCUGACCAGCGCCGUGGCUUUCCUGCACAAGAACAACAUUGUUCACCGGGACUUGAAGCCCGACAACAUCUUGAUCUCCCAGAAGUCUGGUGCACCCGUUGUCAAAGUGGCUGACUUUGGCCUAAGUAAAGUGUGCGCUGGCCUGAGUUCUAAGAACACUGAGGAAGUGCACUCGACAGGCAGAGGCAGCAACCAGGACAACAUGGUCAACAUCAACAAGUUGUGGUUGUCCUCGGCCUGUGGCUCGGACUUCUACAUGGCCCCUGAGGUGUGGGAGGGCCACUACACGGCCAAGGCGGACAUCUUUGCUUUGGGCAUCAUUAUCUGGGCCAUGAUCGAGCGGAUCACGUUCAUCGACGCCGAGUCCAAACGCGAGCUGCUGGGCACGUACAUCCGACAAGGCUCGGAGAUCGUGCCGGUGGGCGAGGCGCUGUUGGAGAACCCCAAGAUGGUCCUCCACAUCCCUCAGAAGGCCCGGAGCUCCAUGUCCGAGGGGGUGAAGAAUCUCCUCCAGGACAUGCUGGCCUUCAACCCUCAGGAGCGACCAGACGCCUGCCAGCUGGAGGUGCUGAUGGACCGGGUCACCUGUGCCGCGUGACUUCUUUCUUUUCCAGAUUUGUUUACCGAGUGGAUGUGGACUGUGGAAAGAGAACGGGACUCUUGACAUAGUGAAACUGUGAAGAACUGGACACCUUCAUGUGGUACAGGUGGACACUGGAAUGGAACCAAAGGACUCUUCCAGCAUCAACAACACCCGAUAUCAGAAGACAAUAAUGAAGUGAUGGACCAGUAGAGGUCAGUGGGUUGGGGAUGCUCUAGUUUUUACUCCAUUUCCGACCUUCUUGAAGAGCCAGCAGUAGCACACGACUUAUGUACGCAGCCAUCUUUACUGUUUGCUCAACAACUAUGUGCCUUCAAACCGGGUGUUGCUAGCUCGCUAACCUACACUUCUCUUCCCCUUGGCUUGCAAUCAGUGUCUAGCACUAAAAACUUUCCAUCUUUGUGGGCAGGUAGAAAAAGUCUGUCUGUGGUUUCCUUGCAGUAUUAUUGAUUAUUGAUUGUUAUUGUUUUGAUAUAUCUUUGAAGUGCAGUUGUUUGAAGAUAUGAGGCGUCAUUAGAAGAGUGGAAUAUCACUGAAUGAGGAUUGGAUGUAAAACCAGGUACACACACAAACCCCAACUGUAGGUUGACCAGCGUGAAAGUUAAGCGUGUUGAGUAUUUUCCAAAGCCCACAUAAAAUGGCCGACUGGUAAGCGAGCUGGCUGAAGACGAAAGCAAAAAGUGAGCACGAGAAGAAGUAUUCAUGUCCUGGAUCACACACUGGCAACUUAGCACUUCACAGCUACAUUAGCUGGGUUCCGUCAGGUCAGGUCUCUGGUACUAGGUGAGGUCUCUGGUACUAGUUGAGGUCUCUGGUAGUUGGUGGUGUCACACACUAAAGUCAUGUUAUAAAUGUGUGUGUUUAAAAGUACUAAGUCAUGUUAUAAAUGCGUGUGUUUCAAAGUAGUGACAGUACUAAGAAGAAGUUGAAGAUUGUGUGAUUUAAAGAGGAAGCUAACCUUUGGUUUGAGUGGUUUGCACACCUUGCUGAUCUCUAACAAGGAGCUGAGAAAAAGAUGAUACGUUAGUAUUCCCCUUUCAGACUCUAACAAUAUCCUAAAAGUGUAAUUGAUAAACUCAAGGUGCUCCUGCUUAUUUCUUAGAAAAGCAGCUAGCGCGCUAACUAGCUUCAAUGUUAGCAUGAAUACAAGACACACUCUAAUAACAAUAAUAUAGCUUAGAAGUUGUAUCAAUAACAAUAAUAUAGCUUAGAAGUUGUAUCAAUAACAAUAAUAAAGCUGAGAAGUUGUAUCAAUAACAAUAGUAUAGCUUAAGAAGUUGUAUCAAUCUUUAGGCACCUAACAAUUCCAUCCCAUUCUGAUCACUGGGUAAACAUUCCAUUCUUAAGUCAACACCAUUCUCAAUUUAAACUCAUUCUUGUCAUGUAAUAUUUGAUAUCAUUAUUAUUAUGAAACAGGUUAUAGGUUAGAAAAGUUAUUUCGUUGGCCUAAAACACACACACACACACACACACACACACACACACACACACACACACACA